AUGUCUUCCUUUGUUUCCCUUAAUACCCUUCAUGGCUCUCUUCUUAGAUCCAAAUUCUUAGGCCAAGAAAAUCUCACUCAUUUUUAUCCUCACAGCAACAAAGCUUCCAUCUUUCACAGCAAACCAACCUACAAAACAGUACGAAUAUGUGCCGAAUUCGACCUGCUGCAAAUCAUGGGAGGCAGAGGACUCUGUAAAGGAGAAGAAGGACUUCAAAAAGAGCUCAAAAGAGAAAUUGGUUUUGAUGAUCAGAAUCAACCACCGUCAUCAGAAGCAGCUAAUAACAACUCAUCACAGUCCUUUGAAAGUGUUGCAGAAGAAGGUUUUGAGAAAGAGUUAAUGGGGUUAACCGGAGGGUUUCCAGGAGGUGAAAAAGGGUUGAGGAAAUUCAUUGAAGAAAACCCUGUUCCAAGACCUGAUACAGAUGAGAAAAGAUUUAAACUUUCAUCGUCAGAAAAGGCGAAACCACCGGAACUUCCUAUGUUACUUCCAGGAAUGAUUGCUAUAGUGAAGAAUCAGAAUAAUCCAUUUUAUAUGUACUGUGGUAUUGUCCAAAGAAUCACUGAUGGUAAAGCAGGAGUACUGUUUGAAGGAGGAAAUUGGGAUAAGUUGAUCACUUUCAGGCUUGAUGAACUAGAGAGGAGAGAAAAAGGUCCUCCUAUGAAGAAUCCUAAGUCUUGUGUUCUUGAACCAUUUCUUGUAAAGAAAUCAUAG